AUGCGCUUCUCCGUCGCCGCUGUUCUGGCGUUUGCCGCGUCCGCCAUUGCCCAGACCGCCGACUUCGACCCCAUCUACACCCCCAACAGUGGCGAGACGAUUGAUGCUGGCGCGCCCUACACCGUCACCUGGAGUUCUCCCGCCAAGUACAUGGAUGGCACCGUCUCCAUCGAGCUGAUUGGCGGCAAAACCCAAAACACCCAGCAGCACAUUGCCGACAUUGCUUCUGGCAUCAAGAACAGCGCCAACAAGUACACUUGGAACGUGGAUGCUUCGCUUGGAGCCGAGGCUGUCUACGGCCUCGUCUUCAAGCUCGAGAGCAAUUCCUCCAUCUUCCAGUACUCCAACCCCUUCCAUAUCAGGGCUGCCGCCAAGCCGGCCCCCAGCAGCGCCAGUCAAACUGUCACCGUGACCCAGCCGCCCGGCGUCAAGACCAUCAUCCUCUCCGGCACGAUUCCCACCUCCACCUCCAGCUCUGCGGCUCCCACCAGCACCAUCUGCACCUCUAGCACCUCCAGCACCUCCAGCACCUCCAUCUACAAGACUGUGCAGUACAACGUCACCGUUUGCCCGACCACUCUGGUCCCGAGCGCCAGCCAGUACGUCCCCGUCAAUGCCAACAGCUCCACUGGCAUCGUUUCGGUUUCGUCACCAACUGCUCCUGCUCCUGUUCCCACUGCCGCCGCUGCUGCUAUUCGCAUCGGCUCCCUCGGCAUCCUUGGUGUCGUCGCCGCCGUUCUUGCUCUGUAA